CCCCGCGCCCCAAAGCUUCAUUUAUCAAUCGCCGCAUUCGGCGGUGGAAGCCGGGCUCGGCCGACUCGCCAGCCGGGCCGGCGGUCCACCACACUCGGGACAGCUAUGUUUGUGAUACGUUGAGUGCGAAGCCGCCGCUGGCAUGCCGAUGUGAGUACACGAAUCGAUUCGAAUACUCCAAAUCCCAAAUGUAAAAUGUAAAAUUCAUGUAUCUCCUGCAAUGCGACAAUGUCGAUAUAGUUUAGAGCUCGAGAGUUCGUUGGAUUGUAACAGUGGCUUGUGGAUUGUUGACAGUCGGACUAUUAGUUGCGAUACUCGGACACGCCGCGGCGUCGUGGCUCGUAUGGUGGCGGUAUUGACGCGCGCGAUUUAUUCACGCGCGGUUAUUUUUGGUCGGCGUGAUGCGGUAGCGCGCUGGGGCGGCCGAGCGACGGGCGAAACGCCGUACGCUCUCGGCUAUGUGCCCACGUCGCGCUUCUCAGUAAGUCUAGACCAGUCGAUGUCACGGCCAAGGAGGACCCAUGUCUUACUGCAGGGGUGGUGUUAGCCUAAGAUGGUGUUGGCGUUUGUGGUCGGAGUGCUGUGCGUGUGUGGCCGCCUAAGCGUCGCGAAUCCGGAAGCGAAGCGGCUGUAUGACGACCUCCUGUCAAACUACAACCGACUCAUCCGACCAGUUGGGAACAACUCAGAUCGGCUCACCGUCAAGAUGGGGCUGAGGCUCAGUCAACUUAUCGACGUAAAUCUUAAGAAUCAAAUCAUGACAACGAACGUGUGGGUGGAGCAGGAGUGGAAUGACUACAAACUAAAAUGGAACCCUGACGACUAUGGCGGGGUUGAUACAUUGCAUGUGCCUUCUGAACACAUUUGGCUGCCAGAUAUCGUGCUCUACAAUAAUGCUGACGGCAACUACGAGGUGACGAUAAUGACGAAAGCAAUUCUACACCACGAUGGUAAGGUGGUAUGGAAACCUCCAGCUAUUUACAAAUCCUUCUGUGAGAUCGAUGUCGAGUACUUCCCUUUUGACGAGCAGACAUGUUUUAUGAAAUUUGGUUCCUGGAGCUAUGACGGCUAUACGGUGGAUUUGAGGCAUUUGAAACAGACGCCAGACUCAGAUAACAUAGGAAUGGGAAUAGAUCUGUCGGAAUACUACAUUUCUGUUGAAUGGGAUAUUAUGCGAGUACCAGCCACCCGAAAUGAAAAAUUCUAUUCUUGCUGCGAAGAGCCAUACCCUGACAUUAUCUUCAAUCUUACUCUCAGGAGAAAAACUCUCUUUUACACAGUCAAUCUUAUCAUACCUUGUGUUGGGAUAUCAUUCCUAUCAGUGCUUGUAUUCUACUUGCCAUCAGAUUCAGGGGAGAAGAUUUCACUCUGCAUUUCAAUUUUACUUUCUUUGACCGUGUUCUUCUUGCUAUUAGCUGAAAUCAUUCCACCAACAUCAUUAACUGUUCCAUUGUUAGGAAAAUAUUUAUUAUUCACAAUGAUGCUAGUGACGUUAUCUGUAGUCGUCACAAUCGUGGUGCUAAAUGUAAACUUUAGAUCUCCUGUAACACACAAUAUGGCCCCAUGGGUGCGAAAAGUUUUCAUCGAUUUUUUACCUAAAAUACUCUGCAUACAAAGACCAGAAAAACCUCCUGACGAGGACGAAGACAACGAUAAGCCAACUGAGAUCUUAACGGAUGUUUUCGGUGGUGAUGAAAUGGAUGGAAAGUUCAAAGAAUGGGCUUGUGAAGAAUACGAUCUUCCAGGCAUGCCGCCUUCUCCGCCACCCCCACCAGGAGGUGAUGACGAGCUAUUUUCUCCUUCACCUGGAUCACCUUGUCGUUUAGACUUAGAUGAUAAUAGUCCGUCAUUAGAAAAACCGUUUGUAAGAGAAAUGGAAAAAACUAUAGAAGGCUCAAGAUUCAUAGCACAGCAUGUUAGAAAUAAGGAUAAGUUUGAAAGUGUUGAGGAUGACUGGAAGUAUGUAGCAAUGGUUUUAGAUAGAAUCUUUCUUUUCGCGUUUACGAUAGCCUGUGUGGUUGGCACGGCACUCAUUAUAUUCAGAGCGCCGACAUUUUACGACAACACUAAACCAAUAGACAUUCUCUAUUCGAAAAUCGCGAAAAAGAAACUGGAAUUACUCAAAAUGGGCUCGGAAAGUGACCCGGGUCUCUGAAAUUCGUCUUACGUCUUCGGCCACUCGCCGCCGAAGACGUUUUGGGAGUUAAUUGUGAUGUGGUGGCAUGGAUGAUCCAUGUAAGGCUCCCAGGUGGAACUAUUGGCGAGGACUAUGUGCUACUCAGUGGUGCCAAGCGCACGGCGUUGGGACAAAAGCCGUGAUCGUUUUAAUACGAUCCGUCUUCACAAACAUUUGUGUCCGUCGACAGUGUGGAAAAUUUUUGUGUUUUACGCCAGAUCUGCCAUAACUAUUUUUAUAAGUCGCCGAUCGAAUUGCGUACAAAUAAUAAUUUGUUUUGCGUUUCGUACUUAAUAAGCCUAUUUUGUAUUACCCUCGGAUAUUGUUUGAUAUGACGCACAACAUUAAAUAUCUGUAAGAUCUGUUUGUUUUUGUCUCUGUGUAUGUUUGCUAAGGUCAUACAUAACGUAAGUAUUACUGCAAAGAAUGUGGAGCUCAAUCAAGUUACAUUUAAGUAUUAUAAAAGCAAUUUUCAAACAGUACAUAAUCUUAGUAUUUGACGUUAAUAUGUAUGUGAAGGUUUCAUGCGAAUGUACUCUUAUAUGUUGGACGUUGUAGGUGAAAUAUAUAACAUUGGUAAUUUAAUAUUAAAUGAAUAUACAUUAGUUUAGAGUUUUAUAAACUACGUACUCGCGUAAAAAUAAUAUGGACAAUAUCGAUAAUAUGAAAAACAUUAAUAAUGCCCUAUAGCCGUAAUAUAGUAAUAAUGUAGAUAAAGAUAACUCUUAAGGAUAGGAAUGUCAUAUAAUUAACCAAAAUAGUUUAAAGGUCGUAUCACUGGUACAGUUUGACUAGGUUUAUUCGAUAAAACAAUUGACUGCCAAUUGUAACAUAACUUUUUAUAUUACUCGAUAUUCAUAGGUAGUUUGAUAAGUUGCUUAAAUAACGUUUAAUAAAGUGUGCCAAAUGAAGCCAACUUUAUAGUUUGGAGGUUAUUUUAAGAGCGUUCAUAAUUUAUAGGCGCUUUCUCUUGUAUAUUUUUAAUUGCUUUCACAAAAUGACUGAGCAUUAGAUUUUGUCUUAUCAAAAGCGUAUUAUCCCAUAAACUUAUUGUAUUUUCAAUAACGAUCCUAGAAUACAGGGUAAAAUUAUUACACAAACUUUUCUUAUUUUCUAUUCUCACGGUUUCACUUAUAGUAAACGCCUUUUUCACUCUUAUUGGCACUUAAUCACUCUUAGAUACUUAAAUCAUCGUUGAGGUUUGUGAAUUAGUCUUAAAUGAAAUUAGGUAGACUAAAAUUUCUCUUAGAUUGUUUAGCUGUUUGUUUCGUACCCUUUCACUUCAUUCUAAUUAGUAUAUUAAUAAGAGUUGCGUUUGCGACACACCUCACAAACCCAUAUAAUAGGGUAACGUAGGAUUCGUAUUAAGAAUAAAAAAAAAAAUUUCGAGCCGCGUUUUUGAUAUGUCAAAGUAAUAAUUAAUAUUUAGAUAAUGAUUAACUAGUUAUCAAAGUUGUUCAUAUUUUAAAAGAGACAGCGAGCGAUAGGUAAACAGGGAAUGAUAUAAUGUGUGGUUCUGUGUUUAUAGUAUUGUUGAGUGUGUUUAGAUGUUUGUAUUACGAACAUGUGGCUAGAUGUUAGGGUAAUGUUAGUUGUACGGCUUAAGGUGAAUAAGGCCGUGGACGCUCGCUUAUGGUUGAAAAUAAAUCUUCGGAAGCAAAUGCAGCAGCUCUGGAGAUAGGUUAAAAUUUGGUUAGGAAUGAAUAUCACGUAAGUAGCCCAACUGAACAGAGAUAAAUGGGAACUCGAUCUAAUAAAUUGCUGCUUGUAACAUGUGGAGAAUUUAAGUAAGGCCGCGAAUUUUGUGUAGGUAUCUCUACAAACAGUACCUAAGUUUCUAUAAUGGGUUAUUUGGCUUCAAAAUUUUGUGCGGAUAAGAUAUAUCUCUCACAAACAGUACCUAAGUUUAGAUAAUCGAUUAUUUCUAAAACAUAUUGACUAUUUUACUAAAUUAUUACUUUGUUAAAUAUGUAAGCAUUCUUAUCCGUUGGAAAGAGCGGUCUUCCCUAACACAGGUUCUGUGAACUUAAAAGGGAAGUCCUUCAAAUUCUGUUUACUGAAAUGCUAAAUAAAUAUUUUUUUGAUUUUUUUGAUUUUGAAGUAUCAUCGUUUAUUCAUGAUAUAAAACUUUCAGCAUGAUAUAUUAUUAUUUUUUAUAAAAUGAAACUUAGUGCUACACUUAAUACAAUGCAAUUCAAUCUUGUCAAAAUACGGUAUAGAUAAAGUACCCCACAUUGUUACAUCAGAAAAAAGUAUUAAAGUAAGAUUGUGGCUACAAAUAUACUAACCUUACUCAGAGCUGAAUCUGCCAAUCACGGAUCAUGUUUCAAUGGAAUUUUCUGAAUGGAAUUGUUCAAAUUAUUAUAAGAUUGUCACAUUAUAUUAAUCGAAGUAGGAUUGUGCUAUUGCACGCACCGAAAAACACACCAAAUUAGAAUUUUAAUGUCAAUAAUAUACUACAUUUAAGUCCACAGGCUUCCCACACUGUUCCGUGAUUAUCUUAAUAGUAGAUUUGCUAGAAAAUAGGUCUGUUGUUAUUUUUAUAUGACUGCAAGUAUAGUUAGGUUUUCUAAAACACCUUAGGCUAAUCAUAAAUCAAAAUAAACAUGAGUGAAAUCUUAAGAUAACUUAAAAUACGGUACUUUGUAUGAAGGUCGUGCAAUUUGUAAAUAUUAGAUCAUAAAAAUACGUGUAUUGAAAGGAAUAGUUAUGUCUCAAUGGUUUUAAUAUUACUAUCUUAAUGUAAUAAAUUCGAAAUAUGAGAAGCAUUGAGUUAAGAGUAUUGUAUUUAAUGUGAAUGUAGUGUAGAUCUUUAGAAAUGUUGACAAUGAGCUAAGCCGAUACAACGAUAGAAAAUGUUUUUAAAUUUUAAUUUAAAUUAUGAAUAUUGAAUAUUCAAAUUGGCAAUGCUUACUGAACUUCGUGUAUUCGUUUAUUUUAUCGAAACUUGUAAGUGCGUUACCAUUUUUAAAUAUAAUAUAAUACGGAAAUCCGUAGAUACUUAUUAUAGGGAAUUUAAAUUAGAAAUGUGGGAUGAUUACUCAUCAUACUUUGUUAAGCUUAAAAUUGUUUAAUUGAAUUAAUCAGUUGUAUAUUUUCAUUUUCAUUUUUAUUGUUUUUAGUCUCUUUGUUGCUAAGCAAUUUCAAAGAUUUAUCAUAAUUGAUAUAAUUGACUUGUUUACAAAACAUAACUUGUUAUUUAAAGCUGUGUUUAGUUUUAUUUGGUGCGUAUACUAAUCUAUAUAUAUAUAUAUAUAUAUAUAACAUAACACAGUCUUUGUAACUAAAAGUAUAAAAAAUAUUUUAAAUGUAACUAUUAAACAUGUCAAUAGGUCUUUUAUCAUGUGCAAUACUUCAAAAUGGUAAAUCACUGACAGAAAGUCCUAUGUAUACCAUAUUGUAUUCUACAUUCUACUACAUUCGGCAUUUUGUAUUCUACAAAUGAUUUGAGUUUUCUUUAGUGUUAAUUCCGCCAAUAUUUGUUUAUAAACAAUUCGACACGUGUUUCGCCUUUACACGAGGCAUCCUCAGGACGUGUUGUCUCGCCAAAAUCUGGCACGAGGUUUUGGCGGAAUUAACACUAAAGAAAACUUAAAUUAUUUGUAUAAUUAUGGAUUUUCGCAAAGUAACGCCUACUUCAAUAAAUUUUGUAUUCUGUUAAAUUUGAUGAUCAUUCUUUGCCAGGAUUAAAUAACAAUGAAUUUAAUCAAAUGUAAAGGCUUUUAUAAUCUAUCAAUACUCGUACAGAUAUUGUGAACUGUACUUUUUUCGGGUUUUAAACGGGUAUAAAUGUAGACGUCAUAGUUAUGGUAGAUAGGAUAAAAAAUUACGCUAGAUCUUAAUUGAUAAGUGAUUAUGAAAUGAUAUUGAUAUUGAAAUAAGUAGUAACAUUAGCUUCUCAAUGUUUUUAGAGUUAGUCGACAAAUGAGUCAGUUCGAUUGUCCGUUGUUAGAUAAACUUGUUAUAUAUAAUAUAUAUCCUUGUUAUAUUUGUUUAGACUAUGUGUAACAUUUUCAAUUUAUUUAUUUUAUCUAAUUAAAAACAUCGUAAAGUUUAUUGAAAACUAAAGUAUUCUAAGCCUUUUUGUGCCUAGCUUGGUACUGUCAUAAUUUGCUCUCCUAAAAAGUAAAUGUAGUUUCUUAAUGAAGUUUUUGAAAAUAUUCAAAAAUAUUUAAAUCCGACAGAAGCAUAUAUUAUGUUAGACGAGAGACAUAAAACAAUAAUUUUAUUUUUUAUUGUGCUCGUUAUAUUAAUAAAUAGUUUAAUAAAAAAUUCAUGAGUAAAAUUGGACAUCCCAAUGAGCAAAAAUGUUUCGUUAUAUUUCAAAUUUACAAAUUUGUUACCAUAUUUCAAAUUCAAAUCUAAGUUAAAGUAAUUAUAGUUCGUGCGUCUUUUUUUUUUUUUGAUUUAUCUAUUUUCCCUUUAAUCUGCGCUGGGACACGUCUCAAGUUUAAUUUCUACAGUUAUCUUCUCAAAUUGAAGUCCUAUUAAACUUUUUGAUCAUGUUUCGCAAAUUAACGAUGUUUCAAAACUUUGUUCCGAGAGUAUUAGAUAUUAGAGAUCAGAUUUUAUUAUGUUUCUUCUAUAAUUAACUGUUCACGAUACCCCUUAUUUAUUUAUUAGCUUCAACUCAAUAGAAUCUAAAAGCGAGCUUAUCUACAUCGGGCGAGAGGGCGAGAGCUCAUCUAUCGCUGGCUAUCAAAUGGCUGUCAGUAAUUUUAAGAACUACCUAUCUGAAAUGUUGACGUGUACAUAUAGUUGAUCAACAUAGGUAUUUAAUAUUGUAAUGUAAUGAGUUAUUUUUCUACAUUUAUUUCUUCGGUGUCUUAAGUGAGUCUAGAAUUAAGAUUAGAUACGUUUAGUUACGAAAAUUGUUCAGCAAUAAAUGCGGACGAGUAAGAAAAUAAGGACUUCAUGUCACCUUACAUAACAGUGAAACACCAGAACAAGCCGGUAAACGUGUAAAUACAUAGCCCCACGCACACACCUACACUAAUACAAGCCGAUCGGCCACCGUUGUGAGAUUUGCCAUCGUCUGUGACAGAUCAGUUUGCGUCGCAAUAAAAUAUUUUAAAAAUGCCGUCGUGCGUUGUGAAAAAGUAUAAAAACAAUACUAUAAAAGUAUUUGUGGCCAUAUAUGAUUAUUUAAGGGAGACAAAAAUGUGUAACUAGUAUCCCCCGUAACCGCACACACACUAGCAUAAACGUGCUUCACUUGCUAAUAUCACGGCGCGGUGUCCUUCUUUUUUUACACGUCCCUGUUAGUAAGAAAUAAGUUUAAUUUUAUCAUUAUAGUAUAAUUCAUUUAUAAUUUUAAUGAUAUCCAUUUGUAAAUUUGAUUUUAAUGGAGUCGACAUAAUCCGUAACGCUUUAUAAUUAGGUUCAUUGAAAUCUAGAAAGUCUAGUGUCUACUACACUUUUGGAGUCAUAACUUUUCUUGCACUUAACAGAUUUGUUUGAUCACACUUAGUUUUAUAUACUUGUAUAUAACUUAAAACUAAUUCGCAUUCUAAUCAGCGUCUUCCAAAAGUGACGUUAUGAUGUUUUUUUUCCUAAAAAUAUUUGAAAUGUUUUCAUUUGUUGAUGUUAUUCGACAUUUAAUUGAAUUGUUAAAUUUGUUGUAGCUUUACUUUAAACGGAGAAAUGUUUGUGCUUAUUUGUUAUAUUAAAACAAUUUUCCGUAGUCAUAAUAUUAAAAUUAUAAUAAUAUAUGUAAGUAGUUGAAAUCACAUGAAAAUGGCGUUGAGCUUCCAACAUGAUUAGAUGUAAAUACAGAAAUUAAUAUAAUAUAAAGUCCUUUACGUUUUUAGUUAACUAAAAAAUGAAAAUAAUUAUCUCUGUAGGGGAAUGAAAAUAAAUUGUCAAAGACCCUAUCCUAUUUUCGGAUUUCUGUAUAAUAAUGGAAAAGGCUAAAAUGUUAUUAUAAAACUAUUGAAUACAGAACAAACUCAGUACGGCCAAACGUCUGGCAAUUUAUAUUUCAUCACUCUGCACAGUAAUUGUAUUUUACUCUAUAGGAAAAUCAGCAGCAUCUUUUCAUGGUUAUAAUAAUAAUAAUUUACCACCAUGUGUUUUACACAUAUAAUGCGAACAUUAAUAAUCAUUCCCCUUAUUUCGCUAAUCUUAACCUUAAAAUACGAUAUUGUUGGAAAUUUAGUUACGCUUAUGCCAAAACAAAAAUAAAUUCACAGGAAUCUUUAGAUGUUAUUAAUUAAUUUGUUGUGAUACUUAAAACAUUAUUCUACUUUCCAGAAACUUCUACCAAUACGCUACAAAUUUCUGUCGACGCUGGAUUCUCUAGGCUUUCUUAAUCUCUGACUGACUGGAACUAGUAGAAACUGUAUUAUACGCGGUAAUUAAUAAUCUUAAUAUUCCAUCACUACAUUAUGCAGCUGGACUGCUACUGCGAUUGCGUUGUAUUUUGAUACAUAAGUUGUAAAUUCUCAAUAGUCUAGGAAUAGCAGUAGUUUUGACACAUUUUAGACAGAAAUAGAAACAGUAUUAACACACUAUGUCUAUCCAACUUUUAAACAAAAUCAUAAUUCACAAAUAAAAUACGAAAAACAAAGUUUUGUGAAGUAUCGUCAUAAAAUCUUGUAUGCUUUGUUCAAUAAAUGAAUAAAAUCAUAAUUCAAAUCGAUAUAGUAACUCAAUAAAUAGUGUUAUACACUACCCAUUAUAUUUGAUUCUUAAGAAAUCUUAAUUUUCGUAUUAUUUGGCAUACGCGUUGCUCUAAACUAAAUUUCACUGUGCCUUAUUUUAUGAAAUAUUUUCCAGUAUACUAGAGGCUCACUGUAUGUUUUUAUGGUCAAUAAAAAUAGACGCUAAUUAAAACACUCACUUAAGUAUGAAUUUCUUGAUAACUUGUAAAUAGAAUCGUGAGUUAAAUAUUUCAUUGUUUACUAACUAUUGAUAAGUGCCCAGUAACUCUAGUCGUAAUAUUUGAGUUUUUAUGAUAUUAUUUUUACCAUUCUUGUCAUGAGUAACGGUGAUUUUUUGUGGAAAUUAUGCAAAAUCUUCAAUGAAUAUGUUUUGAAAUCGGCGUAUUCGUUUUCUAAAAUUGAUUAAAAAUUAAUGGUUAAAGAAAAUAUGGAACAUAAUGAUGUUCCUGAAGUUUUCGGUGGAAGUUUGCAUGUUAAUAAUGUACAUCAUAUAUUUUUUUAGUUUAUCAUUCUCUUAUUUUAGAAGUUAUAUUUUACCUCUAUGGAAGUGUUGCUCAUGCAAACUAUUUUAGAAGAAAUGAAAUUAGGAACCUCAACAAAAUGAUGUGUGGUGUGUUAAGAAUGAAUAAUUAUUCAUUAGAAAGAGAUAAUUUAUAGGCUUCAAAACUAAAUUUUGAACUGGUUUAAAUGUUUUGUAUGAUUUCCAUAAUAAGAUCACCCGGUGAAAAUGACGCGAUCUAACGAACACCACAUAAUAUAAUAAGUAAUGCUAAAAAUUCCUAUAUUACUUUAUAUGUAAGGUAUUUGUAAUUUUAUUAUUAACACGACAAUAGACCUUCGAUGUACAAAAAGGUCUUUUGUUUAUUCUAUGUAUAAUAAUAUAAUGCACUAAGCUAAAUAAAUAGCUCAACAAUUUAUGGAAUUACAAAUGUAUAUUAAGGUUUAUGUAUAAAAUGGUCAUGUGCGUACUGUAGCAUGUAAAAUUAAGUCCCAUUUUGUAAUGUUAAUUAUAAUUAAUUCGAGCACUAACAUACUAUUAUGAAUACACUCGACUUCUUACGGCUAAUAUUAAAAUGUACUAUAAUAAAAACUAUAAAUAUUAAAUGUUAUGCGUUAAUAAUA